GUGUUUCUUCCGAUUUUGAAGUGAAAAUGGUAUCCACAGCAGCAGAAAUUGAUAAUUUAGGCCUGAACCUAAAGAAGGUGCAGGAAAAAUUUAUGGAAUGGACUGGAGAUACGUUCAAACGUUCGUACCUGGAGGACAAAAAGAACCACGAAAACAUUAUGUUGCUAAACGGGAAAGGUAUGUGAGCCUAUGUUUACCACAACGGGUACACAGCUGGUACAACGGAUCGAAUAAGUAUAAUUGCUUUCUUUCCGAAGAAAAAAUAUUACUACGUCUUACAUGGCUUUUUGUUACUCACAGAGAAGAUGAAACAUCUCGAAGAGACGAUAAACCAGUACCACAUUCAAAGCGAAAAGAAUUUAGAAGGUAAGAAAGCUUAAGGAGAAAUCCAUUUAAUUUUUAGUGGACAAAAACUUUGUACCAGAAUAAUUUACAGUUUUCAAGGGGUAUAGAGAAUUUAAUUAGUUAUCUGAAAUAACACCAAAGAAAAUUUCUCAUGAGAUCCCAAGAAAGUAAAUGUCAAAUUUCACAAAAUGCCACAUGAAAUUUUGAGAAUUUUACCUGUGUUUUCACAAUUCUUGUAAAAUUUGACAUUUAUUUUCACGGGCUCCCAUGAGAAAUAGUCUUUGGUGUUAUUACAGAUAAUUAAUUUUAUCUGUAGCCCUUGAAAAAUGAUAAAAAGAAUGCAACAUUGUUUAAAUUAUUCUGGUACAACAAGGUUUAUUGAAGUUACCCAAUUUCCUGAUGGAUUUCGUCUUAAGCUUGUUUAAGAAGUUAAGCUUACUACUUAGCUAACUUAAACAACUGUUCAUUCAGGGUUCGAUACUUCAACCGAUCAAUGUACUUUCUAGUUUUACGACAGAGAGCUGAUGAAGUUGCAAACCUUGAAAGAGAGUUACGCGAGUUACAAAUCACAGCUGAGCGUCUGGUACAGAGAAGAGAACAAACAGAGAAAUACCUUGAAGACACUGAACAUCGAUUAAAGAAACGAAAAGACGGUACAUGCUCUAAGACAAACAUUGCAUUAAUUUGUUUAGUUUGCGUAGCUGGUAAUUUUUUUAGUGUGUUUUUCUUCUGUGAGAAAGCUGAACCUGGGUCGAAACAGAAAACGAUGGGCAGGGGGUAAGGGGAGAAGCCGAUGGGGAUUCAACCCCAAAAGAUUUUUGAAACAUCGUUCGCCAGCGGACAGAGAAAAUGGCAUUCCUGAUUCGCCAACAGAAUGUCAACCUGUCAGCGAAUGUCAGAUUCCUAUUGGAUGGAAAGAUUUGGCUCUCUCCCCAUUAUCCCCUCCCCUAUUGUUUUCCCAUUUGAAAAAUCACACCAAAAAAACUGCUAGCUAGGCUGGCUAUUAAUUUCCCAGGUAUUUAGACAUCACUUCUGCAAUUUAUGAGAGUUUUCAUAGGCAGCCGUUUUUUGAGCAUUGGAUGACUAUGUAAAGCACAGCUGCGAAGAAGACUUAAAAUCACAACGAAGAGAAUCAAACAGGUCUCAGUUGAUCAAAAGAUAGCUUAUCCAAUGGAUAAAUCUCUAUCCAGUGGAUAAUGCCAUGGUUUCCCUAAUACUUAUCUACUGGAUAGCGUUAUGCAACUUUUGAACGACCAGGGUCAGCUGCUCAAAAACUCCAAGGCUGUUAGUUUGAGUAUAUCUUGGCAUUUCACCUAUGCAGUGGUUCAAUCCAUCCCUAAUAAAUUUUUGCCAUGUGUCCCACACUUAGCCUGCAACUAAGAUGUCUGGGGGCCCUAGGGGUGAGAGAGAAAAAUAGUUUUCCCUCGUAUCCACCCCCCGGAGAGCUUGCUCGCAGGCUGUUCCACACUUUGCAGUCCUGCAUGACAGACCACAUUGUGUGGGAGACUGUUAUGUGAAACUGAUGUCAAGGUAAACACAGAUGUAAGGUAGCCUCCUUCACAGGCAACUCCCAUGUUUCCUGCCAUAAAAGACAAAUGCCAGGAACAAGUGAUGCAGUGGUCUCAGCCUGCGUCGCAGAUGGAACUUUACCUCGGUUAGGAACGUUUGCAACCAAGGCCGAUAUUCUUGUCAAGGACCCCCAAUGGACCCAACGAAUUACCGGAGAGGCAUUUUGAAUUUCCUUUCAUCCUGAUUGGGAAAUCAACAAUUGCCCUUUAAACAAGCCAAUCAUUGUGCAUACUCAAGUCCUGGAAUGCACGUGGGGAUCCAGAACAGCGAUGUUGGCACUGUUUUGCAGGUGGACUCAACCAGAGGUUUAGUUUCGUCUGUUACAUAACUAGGCUGACAGGCUAGGGUCUGACUGCAAGAUUCAUCUGCUGCAAGAAAACCAUCCUAGGCAAUGAUCCUAAGAGAAUAAGACACCUGCCUGUGCCAUGUGGAUCUAUGUUUACAACAACGGGUACACAGCUGGUACAACGGAUCGAAUAAGUAUAAUUGCUUUCUUUCCGAAGAAAAAAUAUUACUACGUCUUACAUGGCUUUUUGUUACACACAGAGAAGAUGAAACAUCUCGAAGAGACGAUAAACCAGUACCACAUUCAAAGCGAAAAGAAUUUAGAAGGUAAGAAAGCUAAAGGAGAAAUGCAUUUAAUUUUUAGUGGACAAAAACUUUGUACCAGAAUAAUUUUAAAAAUAUAGAAUUCCUUUUUACAGUUUUCAAGGGCUAUAGAAGAUUUAAUUAGUUAUCUGAAAUAACACCAAAGAAAAUUUCUCAUGAGAUCCCAAGAAAGUAAAUGUCAAAUUUCACAAAAUGACACAUGAAAUUUUGAGAAUUUUACCUGUGUUUUCACAAUUCUUGUAAAUUUUGACAUUUAUUUUCACGGGCUCCCAUGAGAAAUAGUCUUUGGUGUUAUUACAGAUAACUAAUUUUAUCUGUAGCCCUUUGAAAAUGUUAAAAAGAAUGCAAUAUUGUUCUGGUACAAGGUUUUUGUGCACUGAAAAUUGAAGUUACCUGACUUCCUGAUGGAUUUCGUCUUAAGCUUGUUUAAGAAGUUAAGCUUACUACUUAGCUAACUUAAACAACUGUUCAUUCAGGGUCCGAUACUUCAACCAAUCAAUGUACUUUCUAGUUUUACGACAGAGAGCUGAUGAAGUUGCAAACCUUGAAAGAGAGUUACGCGAGUUACAAAUCACAGCUGAGCAUCUGGUACAGAGAAGAGAACAAACAGAGAAAUACCUUGAAGACACGGAACAUCGAUUAAAGACACGAAAAGACGGUACAUGCUCUAAGACAAGCAUUGCAUUAAUUUGUUUAGUUUGCGCAGCUGGUAAUUUUUUUGGUGUGUUUUUCUUCUGUGCGAAAGCUGAACCUAGGUCGAAACAGAAAACGAUGGGGCAGGGGAGUAAGGGGAGAAGCCAAUGGGGAUUCAACCCCAAAAGAUUUUUGAAACACUGUUCGCCAGCGGACAGAGAAAACGGCAUUCCUGAUUCGCUGACAGAAUGUGAACCUGUCAGCGAAUGUCAGAUUCCUAUUGGAUGGAAAGAUUUCACUCUCCCCAUUAUCCCCUACCCUAUUGUUUUCCCAUUUGAAAAAUCACACCAAAAAAACUGCUAGCUAGGUGGGCUAUUAGUUUAUCAGUUUCUAUUUUCCAGGUAUUUAGACGUCACUUCUGCCAUUUAUGAGAUUUUUCAUAGGCAGCCGUUUUUUGAACAUUGAAUGACUAUAUAGAGAACAGCCGCGAAGAAUUAUAAGACUUAAAAUUAGAACGAAGAGAAUCAUCUCAGUUUUUCAAAAGAUAGCGUUAUCCAAUGGAUAAAUCUCUAUCCAGUGGAUAAUGUCAUGGUUUCCCUUAUAUUUAUCCACGGGAUAGUGUUAUGCAACUUUUGAACGACCAGGGCCAGCUGCUCAAAAACUCCAAGGCAGUUAGUUUGAGUAUAUCUUGGAGUAUCGCCUAUACAGUGGUUCAACCCAUCCCUAAAAAAUUUUUUCCAGGUGUCCCACACUUAGCCUGCAACCAAGUUGUCUGGGGGCCCUAGGGGUGAGAGAGAAAAAUAGUUUUCCCUCGUAUCCACCCCCCCGGAGAGCUUGCUCGCAGGCUGUUCCACACUUUGCAGUGCUGCAUGACAGACCACAUUGUGUGGGAGACUGUUAUGUGAAACUGAUGUCAAGGUAAACACAGAUGUAAGAUAGCCUCCUUCACAGGCAACUUCCAUGUUUCCUGCCAUAAAAGACAAAUGCCAACAAGAACAAGUGAUGCUGUGGUCUCAGCCUGCGUCGCAGACAGAACUUUACCUCGGUUAGGAACGUUUGCAACCAAGGCCGAUAUUCUUGUCAAGGACCCCCAAUGGACCCAACCAAUUACCAGAGAGGCAUUUUGAAUUUCGUUUCAUCCUGAUUGGGAAAUCAACAAUUGCCCUUUAAACAAGCCAAUCAUUGUGCAUACUCAAGUCCUGGAAUGCACGUGGGGAUCCAGAACAGCGAUGUUGGCACUGUUUUGCAGAUGGACUCAACUAGAGGUUUAGUUUCGUCUGUUACAUAACUAGGCUGACAGGCUAGGGUCUGACUGCAAGAUUCAUCUGCUGCAAGAAAACCAUCCUAGGCAAUGAUCCUAAGAGAAUAAGACACCUGCCUGUGCCAUGUGGAAAGGGCUAGUUUCUACUUGUUUAUGUUACUUUGACCAGGCUCAUGUAACUUGGGGAUCCUGUGGCUCUAAACAACCUUACCUGAAAUGUUGUGGGUUUUUUUUUUAGAAAUCACUUCUAAGGAACAAAGUAGCUCAUUCAAGAUCAAACAGUUUACCAAGGGGACAGAGUUAUUCAAAGAGAGACUGGGCUUAGCUUUCAAGAAAGUGGAUGGUAAGCUCUGUUGCUCACACUCAAGGUUUAUUGUCAGGGGUUUCUGCAUUGUAUAUAUCAACUCAGAUAUUCUCCAUACUGUUCUCACUACAUUCCUAAUCAUAGUAAUGGGAAGAUUUUGUUUAGAAAUCAAUCUAUACUAACCUUAGGGCUUGCAGGGACUUUAGUUACUGUGGAGGCCAGUCACCAGAUAGCCUGCGAUCACACCUUUUCCUAAUUAUUCUAUUUACUCAAUGGGCAAAUUUACUGACCAUUUAAAUUAUUUAAUUUGCCCAGCUGAACAGCAAUUUUAUGUGCCACAUUUUAUAACUUUGCCCACAAAACUUGAAAUAUUUGGAAGAUUAUCAUUUCAUCAUCUCCUAUCUCUAGAGAUAAAAAGAUAACCUGUCUUGAAAGCUUGUACGUUUCAAUAAAAAUUUAAUAGGACAGUUAACAGUUAAGAUAUUUUAAUGUUCAAGUAGAUAAGUUUUCUCUCUCUCUCUCUCUUUCAUCAGAAGAUAAUCUGCAGUUUGUGUUCAAGUACAUUGAUCCAAAUGAUGAGGAGAAGCCAUUUGUUUUUACUGUGUCCAUUACCAACCAAGGCACAUACAGUGGUAAUGUUGUUAGUAAAUAGCUUCACUAUAAAAUCAAAACAGUCUCUGGUGUCAUUGUUUUUAAAGGGUGAAAAUUUAAUUAAAAAUGGAAAGACUCACUCGAAACAAAAUACAAAUGUAACAAUAUUUUAAUAAGGAACUGAAAAUUUACAAAGAAAAGUGUAAACAUUGUCAAACCUAUGUUUCGGUUUCCUUGAAACUAUGUCCUGUUCUGCAAAUUUAUGCCAAGGCUCAAAUAUUAUUAAAUCUGCAUUACUUGCUUCAAAAGAUGAUAUUUUUUGUCUUCCAUUUGAUCAUAUUUACCCGUUGAAGACAACAGCCUAGGUUUGCAAAGUUAAUUUAUUCACACUUUUUUAAAUUCUGCGCAUUGAUUUUGGAAUUUGUUUUGAUAUAUCCAUGCCUGUGAUAUCACGGAUAUUACAAACUGGUGAUUCCAUUUAACAAAAAAAAAUUACCACGUCUUUCUUUGUUUAUGGUGGAAACGUGGAGGCAGAGCAGUUAACAUGUUUCACAGACUUCAAAUCUGUAGGUCCAGGCAGUAUCAAUGGGCACCGGUAACAUAUUGCUGGGGUGUGGCUAGCACCCCAUCCAGCUGAGAGUAGCAAAGCUCCUUGUUACUUCAUGCUACAGCAACCAGGACAACCUCCAGUCAUGUAGGCCCUUUGUGUGUAUCUUAACCUUCUUUGCCUAUGAAGAUCUAAAAAUUAACCUGUUAUUCCUCUUACAGUGAAAAACUGCAUGCCAGAGGUCAAAGAACUUGAUGAAAUGGUGCAGCAGCUAAACAGUACAAAUAACUUCUCCAAGUUUGUGGUCUCAAUGAGAAGAAGAUUCAAAGAUUAUGUUACAGCCUCCAACAAGACCAGCACAAGUUGAAUCAGCGUAUUUCAUCUCAAGGCACUAAAAGCAAGCUGUGUGGCAAUGAUUGUUGUCUUUAGAUCUGGCUAAACUUCAAAAGCUCAUCACAUUAUCCAAGAUUAAAAGAGAAAUAAUAACAAACUGUACUCUUUAAGAGACGAAUUGCUAUUACUGAAGAGAUGUUUUAUACAUGACUUGUAGUAGUUCAUUCUAAGAUAACAAAAUGCUAGUUCCCCCUUACCUGUUUGUAAAUAAUCAAGUGCAUGGUGAAUCACAUCAUCAUUCAAAAGAACUCCUGAAAUUAGUUUUUUAGUCCAAGUACACCUUUAUUCGAGGUUAGUAAAAGAUUCUGUUUGAAAUCUUUUAUGUAGUUGCUGGUUUGUUGAAAGACAUGACAAUAUGC